AUGCCAGAAAGCUCAUCCAACAUGAUAGGCAGGGAAGCUGCACCGUCCAAUCGAAGAACAUUGUCGUCCAAGUCCAAUAACUCAACACCACCUAUAAACUCGUCAGGGUCGAGUCGUCCAUCAUCGCCAUUAGAGCCACCCUCACAACAACAACAACAACAACAACAACAACAACAACAAUCACAACAAACAUCUAGAAGACCAUCUUUUGGUUUGAAUUUUUUAAAUAAUUUUACCAUGCGCUCGCAUUCAUCUGAAACAGCAUCACAGCCAUUAAUGUCAAAUAGUCCUACUUUGGGGAACGUGCAUUCGCACACGCAAGACGAGGUCUCGGGCAAUAGUCAAUCAUUCCAUGAAGUUGCUGAAGAGUCUCCAUUAGAGGAGGAGGAAGAAGCAUCUCAAGAAAAUGGACAGCCCCAAAACCCUGCAUCAGAAGGAUUACCACCAGCACAGGAUGCUACAUACAUUGACGAAGAGGCAAAGGGCGGGUUAGAUAAAGACGGGUUCUUUUCAGUGAGAUUAACGCCAUUAAUCGAUCAUUCGUCAACAUCGUCAGGACUAUAUUUUUCACCAAUAAUUCGUCGGCUACCACCAAAGACAUCAAUCAACAUAGGGAGAUACACUGAAAAAAACAAGGCUGCAGCACAUGCACCUCAGGGCUCUUCAGCACCGAUUGUUUUUAAAAGCAAGGUUGUUUCACGUACACAUGCAUUGUUCUUUUGUAAUGAAGAUGGCCAAUGGUUUCUAAAAGAUACGAAAAGCUCGUCGGGUACAUUCCUCAAUCAUAUUAGACUUUCGCCGGCAUCACAAGAGAGUUCGUUGAUGCCUAUCAUAGAUGGUGAUAUAAUUCAAUUAGGAAUGGACUAUAGAGGGGGCACUGAAGAAGUGUACCGACUGGUCAAAAUGAGAUGCCACUUUAAUAACAGCUGGCAGCGGAAAAUGAACCCUUAUAAUAUUGAAAUGUUUAAAAAAUUGCAAAUAGGGGACAAACAAGCCACCGAAUGUUCAAUUUGUUUGAACGCCAUACAACCUGGCCAUCCACUAUUUAUAAGUACGUGUGGCCAUUGGUGGCAUUAUAGAUGCAUACACCCAUUACUACAGAAAAGCUAUCCCCUGUUUUCAUGCCCCAAUUGUCGAUAUGUUUGUGAUUUGGAGUAUUUUUCAGAGUCAGAAUAG